AUAAAGUUUUAUUUUGAACCAUCAUGGCGACGCGCAUCGUCGCGCCAGUUGUCAUAUGCUCUUCAAAUAUUUUACUGAAAAACACAUUUUUGAAGAAAACUUGCUUCCUGUUGAGCACUUGCACUGCAACACGUAAUUGGAGGUCGUUCGGUUCAUCCCGCUCCCGUCACUGUCCUGCCUCCGAUGGCUGUGACAUUGUAGGUCACUUUGAUCGCCUGGUUCAAGCUGGAUCUCUGAGGAGAGAUGCCCAGCAGAGACGGGUCGUCCUGCGGCUGGCUCAGCUGCAGCUGACGCUGAAAACGUACAGCAACCGCAUUUACCUGAAGUCAACAACCCUGGAGUCAAAAGAUGAGAGCAACCAUGGAAAAUCCUCAAUAUUUACAGCUGUAAUUAGUAGAGGUGCCCCCGCACCACCUCCCAAAGGCUUCUACAUAUACGGAGACGUCGGCACGGGGAAGACCAUGCUCAUGGAUCUGUUUUACUCCCACGUGGAGCACAGCUGCAAAAAAAGAGUGCACUUCAACGCCUUCAUGUUGGACAUCCACAGAAGGAUCCAUCAGAGGAAACAAAGCCUGCCAAAACGAAGGCUGGGGAACAUGGUCACCUAUGACCCCAUAUCGCCGGUUGCCAUGGAAAUAGCCAAUGAGACCAGUCUGUUGUGUUUUGAUGAGUUUCAGGUGACCGACAUCGCUGACGCGGUGAUUCUGAAGCAGCUGUUCGGGACGCUGUUCAGAACUGGAGUGGUGGUCGUGGCCACGUCCAAUAGAUGCCCUGACGAUCUGUACAAAAAUGGACUUCAGAGGGACACCUUCCUGCCUUUCAUCCACGUGCUGAAGAAUUACUGUCACACCGUCUGCCUGGACUCUGGGAUUGAUUACAGGACUUUGGAUCAACCUACGGCUGGAAAACUCUACUACCUCUCAGGGGAGCCCGGUGCAGAGGCCCACCUGGAUUCCCUGUUCGAGGAGCUAACGUUAAGACAAAAGACUGUUACGGCUCCGCGGGUGAUUACGGUGCUGGGCCGACGUUUGACUCUGCGGAGGACCUGCGGAUCUGUCGCCGACUGCACCUUCGAUGAGCUGUGUGGCCGACCUCUGGGCGCCAUCGACUACCUGGAGAUAGCGCGGCUUUUCGACACCGUUUUUAUCCGCCACGUCCCCACGCUGACUUUGUCCCUGAAGGACCAAGUCCGACGCUUCACCACCCUCAUAGACAACCUCUACGACCACAAGGUGAGAGUGGUGCUGCUGGCCGCCGCUCCUUUAGACCGACUGUUUGUCCACACUGGAGGGGAGGACGAGAGGGAUCGGCAGCUCCUGGAUGACCUCGGCCUCAGCGGGGAAGCGGCAGAGCGCCUCACGCUGUUUACUGCCGAGGAGGAGAUCUUUGCCUUCCAGAGGACCGUAUCCCGACUCCGGGAGAUGCAGACGGAGUCCUACUGGAUGGAUGGAGAUCGCAGUGACACAAAUAGACACCUCAAAUCCUGACGUGAUCAGAAAUCAUGUCAAAAGCAACAUAAAACCUCAUUAUGGAUCCAUAUUGGGAGUUUUUGAGGAACACAAAAAAUAUAGAUAUAAUAAGCAAAACUAAUUUAAUGCUAAUAAAGUACUGUAUUUAUUUGUU